CAACAAACAAGGAAAUCAGGAGUUUAGCACAGGCAGGCAGACCAGGUCCUUCUUUACAGUUUUAAAUAGCCUGUGGAUCGUCAUGGCGUCCCUGUUUAAGAAGAAGACUGCUGACGACAUCAUCAAAGAACAGACCAAAGAGCUAAGAGGCACCCAGAGACAAAUCACCAGAGACCGGGCUGCUCUGGAGAAACAGGAGAAGCAAAUGGAAAUGGAAAUCAAGAAAAUGGCCAAGACUGGAAACAGAGAGGCUUGCAAGAUCCUGGCUAAGCAGCUGGUCCAACUGAGGAAGCAAAAGAACCGGACCUAUGCUGUCAGCUCUAAGGUGACCUCUAUGUCCACACAGACCAAAGUCAUGAACUCUCAGAUGAAGAUGGCUGGAGCUAUGUCUACUACAGCUAAGACUAUGCAGGCUGUCAACAAAAAAAUGGAUCCAAAGAAGACUUUGCAGACGAUGCAGGACUUCCAGAAAGAAAACCUGAAAAUGGAGAUGACUGAAGACAUGAUCAAUGAUACCCUGGACGAAAUAUUUGAUGAAUCGGGUGAUGAAGAGGAAUGUCAGGACAUUGUGAACCAGGUGCUGGAUGAGAUUGGCAUUGAAAUCUCUGGAAAGAUGGUGAAAGCCCCUUCAGCUGGGAAGAGCCUCCCCAGCGCCUCCAAGGCCAAGACAGCCACCAUUUCCGACGAGGACAUUGAGAGGCAGCUGAAGGCCCUGGGAGUGGACUAAAGCACUACUCCUACAACUGUACUCCCAGCACCACCAAGGGCUUCUUCUGCAGCACACAUACUGCCUUUACUGUCUGGGGAUGGGGAGGAGCAUGGAUAGAUAGCUAAUAAAAUUAAUGACAUAAAAAUGUAAUUGUGAUGAAAGGUGCUGUAUAUAUAGUCACUGUCAUGACAAGGCCUUGUAUGUCCAAAAUAGUGUCUUCUACUGUAAGGUAACAAGAUUUUAUCCCAAGUAAUUCUGACCCAUUUCUGUUGGUCUGUUUGUCAGGGAAUGCCUACACAGUGUUAAGGGAAACCAUGAUGUAGAAAAAUGAAAAUCUGGACAGUUUUGAUGUGACAGUGAUAAUAUCUCAAAAGCACAACAUGGUAUUGGAUAUAAAUGAAGGUCAGAUAAUGAGAAAAGAGGCAACUGACUAAAACUGGGCUCUCCAUUACUAUAUUGUCUCUCUUAUUCUGUAUCAGUCCUUUAAAAACAGUCACCUUUGCUGUGUGACGAAUGGCCAAGCUAAAUAAAUUGUAGGCUUGUAAUAUAAUGCUUUAAUCUAUUGCUCUGGCAACAAAGUAUAAUCCUUUUAAAAUACUACAAAUGUAGUGUUAUUGUGUACAUGAUGGUAACUUUGUGGUUCAAGUGUUUGGGAGUGGCCACUUGCUUUGUUUACAUGGGUGUUCCAAGGGUGAUAGGGCUGACUGAGAGUUCUCCAAAUAUGUUUCAUUAACUGCUCUAGUGCUCAUUCCAAUUGUUCUUUAUCUCCUUGUAGCUUCUGUAUCCUGAAUAUUGGAAAUAAGGUAACACUGAGAUGAGUGAGUUGGUAAGGGUUUGGUAAGCAUUUGUCUUCUCAUAAAAACCUCUUGCAUUCAUUUUUUGAAUGGCGUUGUGAAUGAAAUCCUCUCCACCUUUCAGUUAUUACACAAUGACUGUUCAGCAGUUUUGCAGCAUAGAUGAUGAAUGUUAUUAAUUAACAGACCAAUUGAAAUUGUAAUUUAGACAAUGUCUGCACAUGAUGAGCAUAGAUGUAAAGUUGUCAUGUCAGCAAUACUAGCUCAAUGGCGCAACUGAGAGGUCUUUAAUGGAGUGAAGGCACACAGGUGUUUGAGAGAUGAGAAAGCCUAGUGUCAGCUCUGGUUAAUUAUGGGGUGUAUUUACUGAACACUGUGUUUCAGGUGUUGUUAUCACAUAUCACAUAUUAUGGUAAAGGUCUGUUACUAGGCUGAAAAUUCUCCUGUGCUGGCCAAACAGAUAAACGAGUGAAGCUAUGAACAUGGCCAGUGCAAGAAAGGGAAUCAGUGUUGCUGGUGUGCCUCUCAUUCUAAUGGGUGAAUACUGCAUUAGCUGAAGUGCAGUUACUUUUGAAUGGUGUGUUCAUUGAAUUGUACUACUUGAAUUGUAAAGGAUGCAAAACUGUAACCUCAUUAAAUUCUGCUGUAGCUAGUGCCAGUUUGGCAAGAAGCAAUAUAUUUCUAUCUUUCCUUUGACCCUGAACAUUGUGUGAUCCUCAGCAUGUUUUAAUUUAAAGUUAAUUUAAAGUUAUUAUUCUCUUAUCCUAUCCAUUAUGUAUGUGAAUGUACAGUUUUAUGGGUUCAUUUGGUUUUGUAAUGAAUAAAAGAAUUCUUCAUA